CUCCGCGAAAGUGCACUCGCUCCGACGCGUUCUCGCGCUCCAUAAAUCUUGCGAAUUUUACCCCCGCGCAUUCGCGCGCUACUUCACGCGCGACGGCAGUUAUUGCUGUUUGUUGUUGUCCCUUCGCGUCCGCCGACCUCGCUAUCCUGUUUAUUGUUAUUAUUAUCAUCAUAGGUGUUAUCGUUAUUUUUAGGCCUGCCCCGCCUCGCGCUUGCAUCGUUGCGCUCUGGCGCUAUCAGCGGAUUCUCGUCGUCAGGUCUGAAAUUACUCGGUAUAUGUGUGUGUGUGCGUGCGCGCGCGCGCGCGUGUGUGUGUUAUAGAGCGGCUUACGGGCGAAAGCCGAAUUACACGCCGCGAUAUACAAGAUGCUAUCGGACGUCUCGUGCAGCGGAUACUGGAUCAGCUCUUUUGGAUCUACUUUAAUCUUUAAGUAUUAAGGCUGCACGGAGCUGAUGAGUGUUUCGUAUGCGCUUCUUACGGAAUAUCGGAUGAAAUGUUCAUAAAACGCGUAUAAAUGAUUCGGCCGCGAGUUUUAACCGGAUAAUUGGCCGUUACGACGAUCAACCUUAAUGCACAUUCAUAAUCUGUGCGAAUUUCGGUCAGUAUAAUCUGAACAGAGUCUUGUAAAAUAUUUCCCGACUCUGAUAAAUUGAGGCUCAAUCAAUGACGCAUCAGCAGCGUAUACUGUCGGUGUGCUUUCGAACUAUCGAUUCCGCGAUGUUCAGACAUGGACACUUACGAUCCGUCAUGCCAGCCGAGAGUCGACUGAAUAUUUCAGUCACCCACGCGCAUCAUUAACGUUCAUCCUUCGUGUAUGCACUAGACAAACGUAUAGGUCUAUGCAUCAUGUUGACGAGGGCGACAUCGACGGCGGAGAACGAAAUCCGAUUUUAAAUAAGCCUGCACAUGCGAUGCCGCGGAUCUACUGCAAAGCCCACAGUGCAUUUUUAUUAUAUACAAAGCAGGGAAAAGACUCGCGAAGGUCGCGUGGUUCUGGGCCGGCGGUACCUUCGCGCGACGUCGCCGCGGUAGUACAGUAUAUAUGGUCGGCAAGCCCGACGAAGCGACUGACUUUUAUCCUCCGACAUACCCAUCCGAGUCGUCGGAGUCGCUCCGUUCUACAUCUUCUUCCUCCUCGUCUCAGGGAACUCGGGCCGGGCUUCUCCGUUUGAAGAAAAGGAGGUCCGAAUGGAGAGCCGCGAAGCGUCGACGACCUACACGCCCGAGGCCCUGGAGGCCGUACGUCGAGAAGAAGAGCGACGCCUCGUGCGCGAGGGCACCGAGAUCUGGAGGGCGCGCAAGGAGGAGUCGCUGCGUCAGAAGCAGCGCGAGCAAUGUGAAUUGCGCCGCAUGCUGGCUAAUUACUGGCCAUGGGGCAGGCCCGGCGGUGGGGCGCCCUGUGCUUCCACGCUGCGCAAGAGGAACGUCCCGCUGGAGCCAUCAUCCGAGCAGCCAACCUCGGCCCUCUCGCGCUCCUCCGAACUGCUCCCACAGGGCUGGAGAACGAGAUCCAUGAUGGAUAGGCUGCGGAACGACCGGCCGUACCAUGAUUCCGAUCGCAAUAUUUACGACAGCUACGGUCAUUACGCGGACGGAGGACACGCAACCGAGAGAAGAACGACGAGGCUGCAGCGGCAUCACGAGGAGCUGCUGCACAAGCAGGAGGCGGAGGAGGACGGGGGUGUCGAGCUCGCGCCUCUACUGAGGAGCGGCAGGAGGCUGCACGACUGCAGCCACGACAGCCGGCAAACUCAAUCCGGCCGACACGUAGCUACGGACGCUACUCGCCCUGGAUAUAUGAUAGAUUCCUGGAGGGCCCUGAACUCGGGCAAUCGAGACUACAUAAACGAGCUCGCCGAGCAAGUCCGCCGAAAGCAGGAGCGAGCGAUGGAGGAGCGUCGGAGGGAGGGCGAGAACUGUCGACGACACUUCGACACGUGGCGUCGACUCUGGGGUAGACCCGGCCACGGCGCACCCAUCGAUCACGCCCGCCGGCGCAACAAUCUCAACGAUAUUCUCUACCGGACAGUACCUGCAGCGCCGGCCUCGAUCACCGCCGCCGCCGCCUCCGUCUAUUGAAUUCAAUUGCAGAGCCGCUAUAGCUUCGCUUCUCCGCUGCCGCUGUGCAACCUCCGCACUGUACAGCCUCUGCCUCUCGAUAAUUUAAUAACAAGCCCGAGGAUACGUCGAGUCUCGAUCGAGCUCGUGCGGGCAUGUGUGCGCCCGCGUAUAUGCUACUGCACAAGCGAAUGCUCUGGCUGUGCGAGUUUCGACUGGCGAUAAUUAUACGGGAGCUGACAAAUAUAUAUAUAUAUAUAUAU